UAUAUAGUUAUGUGCCUAUGACAAGAGACCGUCAUACGACACCUAUAACAGUGCAACAUUUCCCACGGUUGUCGUCCAGACCGGACCAGACGACAACUCAGCAGUUCUGGACCCCGUUCGCCAUCCGACACCAUCAUGCCACGCUGCACCAAACACCAUCGGUUAGGCACAACAAGUAGGAUUAGCUUAGAAUUCAAGUUUUAGUUUGUAUCGAGCAACUCAACUGUAAGCAACGAGUCGUCAUUAAUAAAAAGUUUUGUACUUUAAACUAAUGAACACGCGUCGCCUACAUAAUUGGCGCAGCCGUCCGGUGUGUUAAACGAAAAGCUUAGUGGUUACAAGUGGAAGGCGAAAAAUAACAAAUUUCGUCGAAAAGAUCCCGCAUUUAGCAUCCGGAGCAGCAAAGGAUUACCGUCCGCCGAGGAGUAGUGGAUCUCCCGCCCCUAAGCAUCGAAUUGACACGAACCACGGACCCACCGACUGACAAGACGUGGAAAAUAAGAUAAGACAAGACGUGGAAAAAUUGCGCCAAGAAAUGUCAAAUGCAACAACAAUUAAUUAAAACGGAUUAAACAAUCUUUAAACAAAAUACUAAUAUUGUCUUAUCGUUACAGGACAAGACGAUUCGGAUCAAAAUAAUUGACACGCCGGUACCAAUAUUUUUCAGUUUCUUUUUAGCAAUCUUCAGAGUAUUGCCAAUAUACAGCACGAAGGAGCGUAAAAAAAAAAGGAAAAAAAAAACGGACAAACAAAAUUAUUUAAGAGAAGAAACAAAUAAUUACUUAAGAGAAAAAAAGAUAGAAUAGAUAUAGGAAAACGCUAUAGGAAACAAGAAUAAGCAACUAAGAUGGAUCUAAUCAAAAUGAUUAUUUUAAUAGCUAUCUUCAAAAUACAUCAAAUCACCUACUCCAAAGCACAGGAAUUGUUAAUCAGUAAUCUAAUUGAUCAGCCAAUACUAAUAUUAGAUAAACACCCAUGUAAGCUACAAAUCGGCAAUAUUAACAUAAUUCACGAAAUUAACUUAACAGAUAUCGAAAAUACGAUCACUCUUCUAAAUCAAUCUAUCAAUAGGCCAACAAAUAGUCCCCUUUCGGAAAUCGCUAAACAUAAGAUUAACAACGUAUAUUCAAACUUGUAUCAGAUAAAACCAAGAAAGCGUCAAACAAGAAGCAUAGAAGCUAUAGGGUCAGUUUGGAAAUGGAUCGGAGGAAGCCCGGAUGCCCAUGAUCUGCAAAUCAUUAAUCGUACGAUGAAUGAUCUUAUAGAAAGCAAUAACCAACAAUAUCAAUUCAACGAACAUCUUGGAAAUAGAAUCAAAAUCCUCACCAAUGAAGUGAAGCAGAUAAUGGAAGUUAAAAAUGAUGUACUCCUUACCGAACUUGAUAUGCUGACGACAAUGAUCAAUAUAGACAACCAUCAAUAAGAUACUAGAAGAUAUCAAAGAUGCGAUACUGUUAUCUAAAAUGUCUGUUACAAACAGCAAAAUAUUGUCGCCACGUGAAUACGCCAUCAUCAAACGUCUUUUAGAAGACCAAGGAGUAGAAACAGAUAUCCCUGAAGAAGCUUUAACCUACGUGACACCCAAAAUAGCAGUCAGCAAAGAAAAACUGCUAUACAUACUCAAAGUUCCUCAGUUACAAGAAGUCGAAUCAAAAAUCAUUGAAAUAAUUGCGAUAAACCAUAAUAAUUCCGUAAUCAGACAUCAUCCAAGAUAUCUGCUACAACACAAAAAGAUACUCUACACAACAACGAAACCGGAAGAAUACGUUCAAAGGUAUUCCUAUACAAUGGAAUUUAUCGACAAUUGUAUAUUCCCUCUAGUGAUGGGAAAAGAAAGUAAUUGUAUUGUAGUACAAGAUUACACAAUUACAGCCAAACUCAUAGCGGAUAAUCUCUUACUUAUCGAGAAUGCAAAUGGACAGCUAAUCAAAACCGAUUGUGGCCCAAAUGACAGAAUACUGAGAGGAAAUUUCCUACUUACAUUUUCUAACUGUACCAUUCAGUUCGAAAACCAAACAUUCACAUCAAAGGAAAUCCAUGUAAAGAGCCCUUCAGUGUCAGGAACAACAUUCAACACCGCAAUUCAUCGAAAAAUCGUAGAAACUCCUUUGGCGUCCCUAGACAAAAGAACAUUAACGAAUCGCAAUCAUAUCGAACACAUUUACCUGCAACAGUACAAGAAUAUAACAUGGAAUUGGAGUCUGUUAAGCGGAAUCGGACUUAGCUUUGCAGUAUCUUUAAUUUUGAUCAUAAUUGCCUAUUGCUAUCUAAGUCACCUAGUAUCAGCAAUAGUAAAUCAAAUCGGUAAAAGAAAAUCCCGCUUACAGAACGAGCCACGCAACCAUCGCAGUGAAGCUACUCUCGUGGACAGAUUAGACGCAUGAGGACACGCUUUUUCACCCCCCGGAGAAGUUAUGUGCCUAUGACAAGAGACCGUCAUACGACACCUAUAACAGUGCAACAUUUCCCACGGUUGUCGUCCAGACCGGACCAGACGACAACUCAGCAGUUCUGGACCCCGUUCGCCAUCCGACACCAUCAUGCCACGCUGCACCAAACACCAUCGGUUAGGCACAACAAGUAGGAUUAGCUUAGAAUUCAAGUUUUAGUUUGUAUCGAGCAACUCAACUGUAAGCAACGAGUCGUCAUUAAUAAAAAGUUUUGUACUUUAAACUAAUGAACACGCGUCGCCUACAUAAUUAUAUA